GUGCGCAUUUUCACUAGCAACCGUAUAAACAAAUGGCGAACAUGUAACUUUCGAUCAGAUAUUUGCAGAGAUUUACUAUCCAAGAUGACUUUAAAUCCACUUGCAAAUCCAAAGGGAAUUAAAUUACUUUGUGAACUUUGUCAGAAACCAGCUUUCAUUCAAUGCACAAAAUGUAGAGUGACUUAUUACUGUGGUGUGGAACAUCAGAAAGCAGACUGGCUUGGUAUACAUGAGAAAAUAUGUCAGAAUCUUAUUCCAUUACGACAGAGUGCACCAUUCCUGCCAUCAGAGGAGGAAAGACAAAACAGAGAACGGCAGCUUCAGUCUAAAAAGCGCACAAUGAUAGAUCUCACAAGAACAACAGGUCAGAAAUUAUUGUUUGAGGGUAAACACGAACAGGCUGUUCCAGCUGCCAUGCAGUCACUGAGAUUUGCCAUAGAUGUUCAUGGUCUAGCUAGCAUAGAACUUGUACCUUCAUAUCUGAUUCUUGGUGAAGCUAGCAUAGGUUUAGGUAGACUAGAGCAGGCAGAAGAAUAUCUAGCACAAGCACAGUGGACUGUUUUGAAAACUCCACAAUGUUCAAAUGCAAUAAAAUCUAAACUAUACAGAAACCUUGGUCUUCUCUACGCUGCCAAAGGUGAUUAUGAGGAUGCUUUGAGGCAGCUUGCUAAUGAUAUAUACCACGCCUCAGAAGAGUUUGGUACACAUGAUAUACGUACGUCAGGUGGUUAUUACCAUAUGGGUAAUGUGUUUUUCCGACAAGGCAGAAUGGAUGUGGCUGACUCACUCUAUAGACAGGUUACAGAUAUUUGGUAUUCACAUCUUUAUAACAUAGUGAAAGUGAGAACACGUACCCCACCCACACCUAAAGGUGUUGGACCACUAAUUAUUGAAAUGUUUGAUGAACAGGAAGAUUCAUUAGAUGAGGCCCAGGAAGCUGAGGCAGUCCAGGUAUUAAACUCUGUAUAUGACAUGAGAGAACACCAGAGCAACAGACAACCAGAAGAUAUGGCACGAGUGUGUCAUGCCCUUGCCAUGUUGUACUAUGUACUUAGCGAUAUCAGCAAGGCCAAAGAGUUUGGACGGAAGGCAGUUGUUGCAAGUGAAGGCCAUCCCGAUGACACAAUGUCACGCUCGAUUAUUGAGUUCAUGAAGAACUGUGAGCGUGUGCCUUUACAAGCUGUCUGAACAUUCUGACUGCAUUUAUUUACGUCAGUCAAUCAAAUCACAGCAGUAAAACAAGUAAACAUAGAAGUACAGUCAAUAAGAAACUACGCCCUGGGUUUUUGAAAAUUUGUACGAUGCAGUAUGUGAAAGUUCAAAUGUAAAGACUGUGUCUUACGUAUGAACCUUCUCCAAAAAGAGCUGUAUGUAAACCAAGAAUCUCUUUGAACCCCGAGUGCUGCUGUGGUAACAAAACAUUUAGUUUCAUGACACUGGAUUACUAUGUUUUAAGAAUAUUAAAGCCAUAAUGUUUUGUUCUUUAGUACCGAUAUAUGGCCCAACACAAGAUGUUACAUUUUCUAUCAACAGUCAGCUAUAUAGUAAUAGCCUAUGUUGUUCAACAUUUUGAAAGAUAUUGCUGCUGAUAUUACUUUCCACUUACAAAAUUAUACAAUGAUUUAUGGCUUGUAACUGAUUUAAUGUUUAUUAAGAUAUAGUCGAUAAGUUUUCCAUUUACAAAAUACUGUUACAGUUCAUGACCUACCAAGAAUCUAAUGUCCAAAAAGAUAAUAUUGCUGCUGAUACAGUUCCAUUAACAAAAGAAUUUAAUGUCUAGAAAGAAAAUAUUACUGCUGGUAUUUUCUCCAUUUACAAAAUGUUAUAUAGUAUAUAUGGCCUGUAAAUAAUUUUAUGUCUAGAAAGAUGAAACUGCUGCUGAUACUUUUUCCAUUUACAAAAUGUUAUAUAGUAUAUGGCCUAUAGAUAAUUUUAUGUCUAGAAAGAUAAUACUGCUGCUGAUAUGUUUUCCAUUUACAAAGAACACCUGUGAUACAUUAAAUGUUGUACUGUACCCUUGUUAUUUUAUGCCCGUCUUAUUAUUCAUUGAAAAAAAAAUGCAUAAAAAUGAAAAAAUAAAAAUGUAAUAAAUAUUA